CGCCGCGAGUUUCCUUUGGCAACCAACCAAAGUCGUCGUCUUCCUCCUCUCGCACUUUACUCCCCUCCCCCUCCUCUCCCUCUUCCCCCAACUGCAAAGCAGCUGUCCACCUCCACGCUCCUCCUCCUCCCCCAACCCCAACCUCUCCGCCUUCCCUCUCGCCGGCGGCGGGGAUCCUCAUCCGCCCCGCGACGCCCGGCCCUAACCGCGGCGGAGAUCCGUGGAGGGUGGGGGGACAUUCUUGGUAAUUAAGCCGCGCGGCGCGCGCCUCCCCUCUUCUUCUUGGAUUCGACGGGGUGGCGCGGGGAUGAACACGAGGCCGGUGGUGCUCGUCUUCCUCCUGCUGGUGCUCGUCAUCACGUCGCAGUUCGAGUGGAAGCAGCAGAUCGGGGACGCCGCCGCCGACCCCGCCGACGCGCGCCGCAGGCACCAGGGCCUCGCCAAGGAGGACGCCGUCAAGGAGAAGAUAAUAUUUUCUCAGGAGAAAAAUAUUCAACAACUUAACGAGCUUAUUGAGAGCCUUCAGCGGCAGCUCCUGCAUUGCCGUGGUAGCAACAACACUGUCCACACCACAACAGUUUCUCAUACUGAAGUUAGUGAGGUGGACGGGCAGGAAAGCAUUGAUGAUUGAUGGUAUUGGUAGAUAACCUCUUGGCAGGUUGUUCACUGAUUCUAGUACAGAAGCCAAAGAACAACGGCUGAUCAGGCAGCACCAUACUCUACAAAUGCCAUCUAAUAGGGAGGUACCAAAUCACACUGUAUUGUACACUUGCUACCAGUGUUUCUCUGGUAAGAUUGUAGAGAGCUGUAACAUGUAAUAUGUUGGUUUUAGGUCACGGCCACUAAUUCAAUUGAAAAGUUGCUUGAUGAUUCUUUUGUUGUGAUGAUGGAUGUCUCUGCCCCAAAAGGCUCAAUCUUUUUGCACAAUUGCAGAGCCAUAUUUGUACUGUACCCUUGAA